AUGUGCCGUAUAGUGCGGGUACAAGAAGAGUGGCGCGUUGGUUCGCCGUCGAGCCUUUUAUUGCUGCAUGUGGGUUCCGAAGUGCCCGAGUUUACAGUUCCACACAAAGCUACAGAUGUAUGGGAAACUUACAUUUUAAAUAAUAAAGAAUAUGUCAUACAGAAUUUACCUGUGAAUUGGGAAAAUGCCAAAAUACUGUGCAGAGGUCAUCACAAGGGCAGCCUUGCCAUUCUAGACACAAGAGAGAAAGCUGAAUUUAUGGCUGAAGCGUUAUCGGAAUUACAAUUCUCGAUUGAGUCAGUUUGGGUGGGAGCCAGAAGAGAUUCGAGUGAUGAUCCUGAGGGGUAUAGAUGGGGUCAGAGUCGAGAACUUAAAAGAACAUCUGCUGAUGUGCUGUCUAAUGAGGAUGAUGAAAAUAAGCAUUACCCAUUGUGGCUAAAUCGAACCCACAUACCUGUACCAGAAGGCGGAGCAGACUGUGUAGCACUUGAAAGGGUGCGGCACGAUAAGCCUGUAUUCUUAGAUCUCCCUUGCCAUUUGGAGAGACCCUUUGUGUGUGAAAGAGACGCAAGUGUUGAAGCGCAAGUCUUACAGCUAAAGACAGUGAGGUGUCGUAGCGGUCUCUACCACGUGUAUGAUGGCAGGCUCGAUUGGACUCAAGCCGCAGCUUACUGUGUCUUAAAAAAAAUGGCGCUUGCAAAUAUAGGUACUAUGAGGUGUUUAAAGAAACUUGGCCUCACGAUGUUGAAAUCUAGACCGAGUAUAGAAAGUGCAUGGAUAGGAGCCAGAGGUUCAUUGGGUCAGUGGGCGUGGGUCGACACAGGGGUCAGCAUAUUCAAACCCGGCCCUCUUAUUGACACUUCUAUAUGGCCACCGAUGAGGGACAGAACAGCGAUCAAACAAAAUGGCUGCCUACAAAUAGACAGACACACAGCUCGAUCUCCUGUUUUUAUGGAAGCCAGGUGUGAGAGGAAAAUGCAGUUCAUAUGUUAUGAAGGCUUGCCGUCGCUCCACACAGUAGCGCCACCUAGCGACGACAAUUACUACUACAUUUUAGUAAAACAACGCUUUUAUUGGCAACAUGCGUUUGAAAAUUGCCAACUAAUGAACGGUUCGUUGGCAAGUGUUGAAAAUAGUGAUAUCUUGGUGCAACUGCUACUUCUUAUGGGGGAGAAUAAAGAUGAACCGGUAGACCACAUUUGGAUAUCAGGCCGUUUGAACAUGACAAAAGAUAUAACUAAUGAUGCAGUCUCAUAUUCUUGGUACAAUCCCGUUACCGGGAAGAGAAUCCCGGAUCCCAAGAGUGGAGAUGCUUCCAUUGGACUAUACAUGCCACCGUGGUUGGACGAGGAGUUCACUGUGGAUAGUUCUUGCUUGAACUUAGAUCGACAGGAUCAUCUCAUAGGGCUUGUGUAUGGCCUCCCUUGUGACACUCCUCAGUACUCAGUUUGUAUGAUUGAAAAAUCUCGAAUACCCACAACAAGUGAGAAUCAAACAGAUGGUUAUGAAACAUCA